AUGUUGCUUUUCCCUUCUGAUGGUUCGAAGGCACAAGAAAUUUUACAAACAGUCAAUGCUUUUGGGUGGAGGUCUUUUGUUCAGUGCCCGGGAGACUACAAUCGAAACAUAGUUCUGGAGUUCUACAGCAAUCUUAAUCCAGUAAGUCGUACUUCAACCGUGAGAGGUGGUGGUAGCCUUAAUGUUACAGGUGCAAAUUUCUAUCAGGGAACACAUGUAUUUGUACCAACACCACUUCCCACAACAAUAAUGGAUUUAAACAGGGGAAGUGGAUCUACACCAAGUCCGAUGACAUUUAGCAGUCAGCCCCUUUCCGUUUUCUCUAAUCUGGAAGCUAACCAUGGAGUUGCUACAACUGGAGGUUCGUCAGUUCCUAUUCAACAAGACAAUGGUUUUGAUGUUAAUACAUACCUUGAUCUCUUUCAAGGUAAUGGUCAUGAAAAUUAAGAAUGGAACAACAAAUUGUUCAUUC